AUGAGACUAAAUUACAGAGAAAAGGCUCCUAUAUUUCCGAUAGCAAGGCGGUCUAAGGCACUCUUACACAAUAGGCGAUCUUUAAAUCAUUUAACUAAUUCGCAAGACAACAUUCCUGAGUUAAGAAAUAGUGGUGAGAGUAGUACUAUUUUUGGGAAGCAGUUGAAACCAAAUAAUAACUCAAGCAAGCGGAUAUUUAGGAUCCCAAAGAAGGCGAAUAUUCAGUUGAAAAACUCUAAUUUUAUUCCUUCAAAUCCAAAAUUAGGCUUGUCGAACACUUUCACACAAAACCAGUGGAAGGUAUUACGAGUCCCUUCUCAUUUGAAAGAGGCCCAGUCUAAGAACAGAAAGACUCUUACUAAUAAAGUAUUUUUCAACAGGAGAUCUGUUCCUAGUCGCCGAUCUGUAGCUUCAGAAAAUUUAUCACUGCUCUCAGGAUAUUAUUCUUUACAUAAAUUUAAGAAUUCUACUGAAAUAGAUGCAAAGUCUGUAUCGAAAAGCCAUUUAUCAGCUACUCGCAAAAAGAGAGGAAGGACAGUUUGAAAAGAAGAGCAUUCUGAAGCAAGCUCAAAAGCAAGAUCUAAUAGAUUUUCAAACCUGUACAAAUUUCUGAAAAAGAAUCGGUCUGAAAUAUCAGAUGCUAGCUUACCUCCAGAUUAUCUUGAAUAUGAGUCUCAGGCAAAAUCUAUCAAGGAAAAUGCCUCUUACAAAAGCAAAUUGACUCAGUCAAACCUAAACCUGUUCAAUAACAUGGCUAAUGGAGUCAAGAAGGUUAAAUUCCGGGAGAAAUCCUUGAUCCAGAGCAUUCAUAGUUCAAACUUCAAGCCAAACAAGCCUUGCAAGGUGCUUGAUCUUGAAAAAGACCUUGACAAAAAUACUGAGUACACACAAGAAGAUGGGCCUGCUGACCCUAAAGAUGUUGAGCUAAUGGAAUAUCUUGAGAAAGCUGUUGAAGAGGAGGUCAAAUUCAGAAGAAAUUUGGAGAAAGAGCUAGAAGAACUCAGAGUCAUUAUUGACUUUCUCAAACAAAAAUAG